CGGGGGCACCCUUGGGGGAGGGAGGGAUGGAGGCAUGAAGUUUGGAACUGGCUCAUCAGAAGACACAAAAAAGAAGGAAGAAGAUAAUGUCCCGCAAAGGAUGUCUCAGUGUCACAAAAUACUUCCUCUUUCUCUUCAACCUUUUAUUUUUUAUACUUGGAAGUAUCGUGUUUGGCUUUGGAUUGUGGAUACUUUUUGAUCAAAAUAAUUUUGCUUCUACACUUGGGUCCUCAUACUAUGCUCUCAAGAUAUGGUCCUACGUUUUCUCUGGUGUUGGCAUCCUAACCAUGUUGUUGGGGUUUCUUGGAUGCUUGGGCUCUCUCAAGGAAAUCAAGUGUAUGCUAGGACUUUACUUUGCCUUCUUACUGCUUUUGUUUGUUGGUCAAGUCACCAUUGCAAUCUUGAUACAGACAUACAGCAACACGAUCAGUUCAACAGUGGCUGAACAUGUAAAAACCGUAAUUGCAAGCUAUGGAACAAAUGCGUCCCUCCCAGAUCAUGGUGACAGCUGGGAUUUUGUGCAAGAGCAGUUCCACUGCUGCGGUUGGACAAGCUGGACAGACUGGAUGGAAAACAGCAGAGUCAGAAAUGCCUCAAAUAAAUUGUAUCCCUGCUCCUGUCAUAACAUCUCUGUUCUGCACCCAGCCAGCAACGUAACUGCCAAGCCUGCCCUCUUCUGCGAAGCACAGGGACAGUUUCCAACCUACAAGAAAGGCUGCAGGGAGAAUGUCCAAGCCUGGCUGAACAAUAACAUCAUCAGCAUUGUAGGCAUCUGCCUUGGGAUUGCUCUCCUAGAGCUUUGCCUCAUGAUGGUAUCAAUGUUUCUGUGUAGGACCGUUGGCCCCAACUAUGACAAGCUUGCUCGUUAUUCCUAGGCAAACGAGCCUCCGCAGCCUCCCCUCUUCUGGGGGAACAGUGGUGAAGAACAUUCCAUCCUGUUCAGCCAUUCCACCAGGGUUUUAAAACAGUAUUUAGGGCUGCAGUUGCAUUCUGCAGGUUUACUAUCUAACUUUCUUGUUCUGAUUGAUCCUGAUCUUGGAAACUGAAAUGAAGCUUUCAAGAAUCGGAGUGACCAAUAAGAAAAGAGAACAUUAUGAAGCAAGUGUUUACCUUCAGUUAGCUAAAGACGAUUUAGUUCUUAGAUGACCUCCAAAAGUUAGGGAUGUACGGCCUUUUGGCUCUACAGUAAAUCCCUAAAAUAAGGUAGACUUCUAUAUUUUCAUAUUGCAUUGUCCUGGAAUGCACAGAUUUUAACAUCCAAGCCCUGAUCUACUUUUGCAUGAGGAAAAACUGUUUAACCAUAAAUCACUUAUUGCUAGAAUCUGUCAAAUAUAACCUGGGGGGGGAAAUGGUUUGUUAAGAGCACAUAAAAUGUUAAACGUUCACCACCACCCUCAAAUCCUUUAAUAGGGCUGUUUUGAAGUCAAAGCUAAAAAUCUCUUCUUUUUUUUUUUGAAAAAGUAGAAUUGGCAGUAUAUUAACAGGCUGUGAAUUAAGAAUGGUGACAACCUGCCUGUUUGGACCAAGAGUUUUUGUAUUAUCUUUGCUACUGUUGAGGCGAACUCUGUUCGGUUUAGCUAGACCUCAAACAUUUUGAACCAUACAUAGGAUAUGUCCAAACCUGAAAGUUGUGUGUUCUGUGCUAUUCUUGGCAUGUACUUGGCAUGGCCUUUUCUACUGCAUCUCAUCUUGAUUUGGCUGAAUUAACUCGUGUUGAAAAUGGCUCAGUUAAGAGAGCUGACUUCCUCCCUUAGGUUUGGAUCAAACUGUUCUAUCAUAAGCCUUUUCUUCUAGAACAGGGAUGAGGAACUUGAAGUCCAUCUGAUAUUGUUCACUGGUAGCUCCUAAUUGCCCCAGCCCCUACAGACAGUGGUAAGGAAUGCUGAAUGACAGGUUCCACAGCACUGUAUCUGUAAGCCUUUGGUGGAGCUCAUGACCACUAGAUACUUCACAGGCAGCUAGAGGUCAAUACCUGAACUCUCAGCAGGACAUACCUGGCCUGGAAUGAAGAAAGAGGCCUGUUUGCACUGGGUUUACAUUCAUAAUGUAAUGGAAGUACAUUAAACUUCCAUGGAUUUUUCGGAUGGAGACACUUUACCACCCGCCCCCCAGCAAGUGUAAUGAAGGGACACCUUUGAGCCACAAUCAUUGGACACGGUUUUGUGUUUCGCCUUGCACAUUUACAACCUGUGCAGGGGCACCUGGGAAAACCUCUUUUGCUUUAUGUUUGUGUAUUUAUAUAUUCUGCUUGGAUGUUUAACACAGAAGUAUAAAAGGGAAAAUAGCUUAAGAGGAUAUAGAUGGGAUGAGGUACACAUAUAAUUUCACCCCCUUUCUCAACUUGCUGUUCUUUGUUCUUAAUGGAAUUAGGGUUUUUAAAAAAAUUUAUUUUGUAAAUAAAAAAGAUCCAUAAA